AUAAUCACAUUUUUUUAAACAUGGCGGGUAACGUAGAAAGCCAGCAAGAGAAGAAUCUGAACGAGCGAUACAAAUUAAUGAUGAAGCAAGUCGGAGCUUCCGUGUUUUUUGGAGUAAUCUCCAUUCUCAUUGUUAUGGUGAACAAGACCGUUCUCACCACAUAUCAUUUUCCAUCAUUUCAAGUGGUUGGUCUUGGACAGAUAGUAGCUAUUAUAUUUGUUGCUCAAACAGCCAAGAUGGCUGGACUAGUCACAUUUCCUGAUUUAAGUAAAGACCAGGUGGUUAAGGUUUUUCCGUUACCAAUUUUUUAUAUUCUUAAUCUAAUAUUUGGCCUUGGCAGUACGCAAAAAUUAAGUAUUCCUAUGUUCACUGUCCUACGUCGAUUCACACUCAUAUUUGUGUCUCUGGGACAGAUUUAUUUGCUCAAUAAACGAGAAUCUUUUGGAGUUAAUGUCACUCUUGUUCUCAUGAUUCUUGGAGCUUUUGUUGCUGCUUUGGAUGAUUUGGCUUUUGAUGUCAUCGGUUAUACUUAUGUCAUUAUCAAUGAUGUUGCAUCUGCUGCUAACAAUUUGUACAUAAAAAAGAAAACAAGUGGUGAUAUGGGAAGUUAUGAAAUCCUGUUUUACAAUGCAUUGUUGGUUCUUGUACCAGCUGUCAUUAUUGCUGCCCUGACAGGAGAGUUACAAAAGGCAUAUGACUAUGAUCAAUGGACUAACCCUCUCUUCCUUAUUAACUUUUGUCUUUCUGCAGUGAUGGGGUUUGUGCUGAUGUAUUCACAGAUUCUCUGUACUCAGCUUACAUCUGCAUUGACGAUGGUGGUCGUAGGAUGCAUUAAAAACAUAGUCGUGACGUAUGUUGGAAUGUUCGUUGGAGGCGAUUAUGUGUAUUCACUGGCAAACUUUAUUGGAAUUAAUAUUAGUGUUGUGGCUAGUUUGGUCUACUCGGUAAUUAAGUAUCGUGAAUCUGUCAGUAAUCGUUCAAAACCAGCAACUAGUGAAGAAAAUACCAGUACCGCUCCAAGAAAAUAACAUUAUUUACAUGUUAUUGCUAUUUAUUAUUAUUAUUAUUAUUAUUAUUAUUAUUAUUAUUAGCCUGGUAUCAGUAUUUCUAUUACUAUUGCUAUUAUUAUUAUUACUAGUAUUAUUAUUGUUGUUGUUAUUGUUACUAUUAUUAUUAUGCACACUGCUUUUAGUUUUGUGGUACAUUUAUGCAUGAUAGUGGUACACUGUAAUUUCCUAAGAAUUAACAUGAAUUUUUAGACAACGGAAAUUAAACAUUAUGAUGGUUUCUAUUGUUCUUGUG